AUGUCCACGAGAGCCAAAUUCACCCUUGGUACUGCCAUCUUAUUCUCUUCCUUCACCGUAUGGUUUGUGCAUGCUAACCAAAAAGCCGAGCGUGAUGCAAUGUACAAGGGUGUCCUGCGUGAUGAAGCCCGUCAGGCUGCAAAGCGGGCUGCCCGAGAAGAAGAACUUCAGCAGUCACUCCUCAAAAGCCAAAGAUACUCGGCCGUUCAGGAAGUGGUGUCGUCCGACUCAUCCCGUUAA